CUCCUCCAUAAGCGUUUUUUGACGAAACCACAUCUUGCUACUGCAUGCGCCUCAUCGAUUUGCAUCUCCUCAUGCGGCAACUUUGGUGUAGUUGGCUACACAUCCGGUCACAUCGAUUGCUUCAACCUACAAAGUGGCCUGCAUCGGAAAUCAUUCAAGUACAGCAACCAGAAGAGUAAAGCCCAUCAGUCCGCAGUCUCAGCCGAACAAGAUGGGCUUCUUCGUUUCUGGGAUUUUCGAUGGGUGAAACUGAUCGCUGAAUUGAAAGUCCCAUCGCCGGUUGUACAGUUUUGCAUGUGUAGCACUAACUCGCUGUUGGCUAUCGGUGUUGGCAAUGGCUCAAUUGGAAUAGUGGAUGUAUUGUGUCGGAAAGUUGUGAGAAUUUUCAGCGGAGCGCACAAAUCAAAACUCACAGCUUUGGACUUUUCGCCCGAUGGCAAAUGGCUUGUCAGUGCCGACGAAGAUGGACUAAUCAAAGUUUGCCCUUUCACUUCACAUUUUAAACACUUCUGA